CGCUGCAGCAGUAAAUGAUGCGGCACCGUCCCGGAGACAUAUCAUAACGAUAUCGCGAAAAAUAAAAUUAAUACUAUAAUAUAACAUUUUCAUUAAAUAAUAUAACAAUAUUGUGAUACAAUAUAUUAUAAUACAUUAUUAUUGUACAAUAUAUGAUAAAAAUAAUAUAAUAUAAUUAUUUCGGCGUGUAUUGGCGGCGGGCCGCGGUCCAUUAAUCUCGUUUUGAUAUUAUUCUCGGGGGGCCGUCAAAGUGCCAGACAAGACGCACGUGUAUCGGAGCAGCCCCGUUGAUUAUAAUAAUUAUAAUAUUGACACACGUCGGCAGCGGCGGGACCACAUCAUCACUCGGACUAUUACCUAUCAUUAUUAUUAUUAAUAUUAAUCGUAUACACAAGGGCCUCUCCCCACCCCCUCCAGCGGGUCAUGCGGUACCGAGCGCGGAUGUGCGCACCGUCGUCCGUCGUAUUUUAAUCACAUCAUAGUUGCGGCCGGUCCGCGAUGCCGCGAGUUUACGGUUCCAGUGAAGACGAACAGCCGCAAUGAUCACGGUACGCGCCGGGACCGUCGACGACGCGCCGACGACGGCGCCACCGCCGCCGCAGCCUCCGACGGCCGCGGCUGUCGCCUCCGAGGAGAUCGUCGUCGUCCACGAACGGCGGACGGCCGCGGCCGCGGCGGUCGACGCCGGCGGUGACGACCGCAGGAACAGGAGUUCCGGCACGCGGGACGCCGUGGGACGUGAGAAUUGGAGGUUGGCGCAGCAAGGCGUCAAUGGUACAGCUCCCGACGGUUGCCGAGCCACCGCUGCAGCUGCCGCUAAAGGUGGGUCAGCCGAUAGCGAUUGGACGAUGCAUAGUAUAUGUGAAUUAACCGAACAAGAUAGUCUUGAUGAUCACUUUUCACACAUAAAUCGUAAACUAGUCCAACGAUCUUCCAAAAUGGGCCGAUCCGAUGGACUUAAACUCAAAAGUAGUCGGACUCUGAUGAACCUGUUGACGAGUAGAGGGACGGACAUGUCCAUGCUACAACAUACAGAAUCUUUCCACCACUGUUGGGUGACGCUCAGCUCGUUCUACGGUAUGGUGUUGGUUAUCCUCAUGUUCGCCAUAUGCUUGAUAGAAGUUAUGGACAAUCCUGUUAAGUUACUGUCUAUACAGGGGAUUUACCUUAUGUACCUGUACUUGGGAAGCAUAGCCGUAAUUAUAUGCAUUUAUGUGUGGGUAUUGAUCGAUUCAUGCGUCAGUUUAACGUCGGACGAAACUGAAAUCGUCACGUCUGGCUCAUCAUCCCCAGGUGUCUUUACAUUGAACCGAUUCAACUCAUUGAAACAAUUCAGUUCGCUGAAACGUGCGCAUAUUUCACGUUCAAAGACUUCGGACACAAGCUUCUAUUUGAGAGUAGGGGCUUUAGUAUUCGGCUUAGGAACACUCGUAUUCAACGGUUUGGAAAUGGCCAUGUAUUCCAUGAUGGACAUUAGCUGUUUAAACGAUGUCAUUUUCGUACAUCCAAUACUGCAUGGACUGUUUACAUUUUUACAAAUGCAUUUUCUUUUCAUAAAUUCACAGGUGUUAGUAGAAAGGUUUGGUUUGGCCGCCAGAUUUGGAUUCAUGCAUUUAGCUGCCACAAACAUUGCUUUAUGGGUGCGGUUGGUAAUCUGGGAAAGCGGCAUUGAAUGGAUUUACUUCAUCCAUCUAGCACAGACAUCGAACAUAGGCAUGCCAGCAUCGACUUAUGAAUCCAGUAUUCCUACUCCCUUACAACUGCGUGGAUUUCCCAGUUUUAUCACCUCGAGGCACACUCGAGACUUAAAUCCAGAUUAUAACGGGACGUAUAGAAAUGCCAUCUACCAACCUGUGUCUGAGAACCACGUGUCACAAGUAGUGACACUUCAUCAUUGUUUAAACACUAAUUCACUCGGACAACUUUUAACGUCUUCUAUGCCAUAUUUAUAUCCGUUCAUUGUGCAAUUUAGUUUAAUAGCUGCCGGAGUGACGUAUGUUAUGGGUCAGAACGUGGGCACCUGUCAGAUAAAACCGUUGAAACGUAACAUGCCGAAGCCACCGCCGUCGUCGUCGAUGUCGUCGUCAACAACGCCCAAAGACCUGCAAAAAGACUCGGCCGCUCAGCUGGGCCGGAUGUACGUGUCUCAGGGAGUGAGCUUUUCGGGCGCCAACAAGGGCUUGUUCCUCGGCCUGCUGACGUUGGUAAUGGUGAUCGUGGUGGUCAUCAUAUUUCUGGUGGUCAAGGACGACGCGGAUUUUGCGUCGGAUACCCUGUUCUGGAUGACGUCCACCACGCUGGCCACCAUACUGUCCACCGGCACGCUAUUGGGCUGCGUGGGCCUCUACCAGAUCCGCAAGCUGUGCCACAACGGCAACCACCUGACGGCGUUGGACUCGAUGCUGGCCACAGUGUCCGGCGCGGGCGUCGUCCUGUACGCGUUGUUCAGCACUAUGGUGGGCGCCGUUGGAGUGGCCACGUCGCAGCCUGGCAGCCCAGAACAGAAGGUGGACGCCAUGCUGACCGCCGUCAAUGUGCUGCAGCUGGUCCAAGUGGCCGUCCAGAGCUCACUGACCGCCGAGGCUUAUAGGAGAAGCUCGUGGUCGAGACAUCAACUGUUCACCAAACCCGGUCGUCAGAUAAUCACAUACUUGCUGUGCAGCAACAUCGCUCUGUGGUUGUUCGAUUCGUUCAUUACGCAGAGUUGGAUUAGUCAAGAACGACAACUGCGAUUCAUGGGUUUACUGUCCUGGGGCUUACUGUCCAGGAUAUCAUUACCACUAGUAGUUUUCUACAGAUUCCAUUCGGGAGUACUUUUGUUACAAAUCUGGCAAAAAUCAUAUAGAUGA